UAUUUCACUUCCCUCUACUAAAGGAUGCAGCAUCUGCUCUGUCUGUGAAGGCAUACAUUAUCUCAAUGCUCAAGAGAACUUGCAUUUCCUGUCUUUAACAAUUAACGUUUUCAGAAAGGCCUAGAUGCAGAUUUGGACUGAACCUAUUGUUAAUGUUGAAUUAAAGUGUACAAGAGCAGAUGUAAAAUUAGGCUUCAUAUCCGCUCAUGAAUCUCACCGUUAAAGAGCUGAAAGAGGAGCCAGAUAGACAACAAGACACUCAAAACAUUCAGAAGAGAGAUAGACCUGUCCGAAUCUGUGUGCUUUGGAGUACAUCUAUUGAUAUACGAUGACAACGGUUCCUACUCCUGCGCUGGAUUACAGAUCAGAAGAUUAAAAUAUCACGUUGCAACAGAUCGAGAUAAACUUCAGAAUGGUGUGUGAAUUCAAGGGUCUUUACUUUGUGUGAAAAUCUACAACUCCAGAGAUGACCUUGACACUUUUUGAAAACUCCUCUGUUUCGGCCUACUAGACUGCUCCUUACUAUAACAAACAGAAUGAUGAAUGGGGUGGAAGAGACCUCUGUGAAAUGCGUGCUGGUCGGGGACUGCGCGGUGGGUAAAACAGCCCUCCUUGUACGCUUCACUUCUGAGACGUUCCCAGAGACCUACAAACCCACCGUCUACGAAAACACUGGCGUUGAUGUAUUCAUGGAUGGAAUCCAGAUUAGUUUGGGAUUGUGGGAUACAGCAGGACACGACACAUUCCGACAAAUCCGGCCCAUGUCUUAUCAGCAGGCGGAUGUGGUUUUGCUGUGUUAUUCCGUGGCAAAUCCUAACUCGUUACUUAAUUUACGGCAAAAGUGGAUCGCUGAGGUGAAGGAGAAUCUCCCGAAAGUACCUGUUCUGGUUGUGGCCACACAGACGGAUCAUCGCGAGAUGGGCCCGUAUCGUGCCAACUGCACCACAGCCUCGGAGGGCAAACAAGUGGCACAGGAGAUCCGUGCCAAAGGAUACCUGGAAUGCUCGGCACUCAGCAACCGUGGCGUGCAACAGGUUUUUGAAUGUGCAGUUCGUACGGCCGUUAAUCGGGCGCGAAGACAGACAAGGCGAAGACUGCUACACUUUAACCCCUGUAAAGUCUCCUAAUACUUUAUUUUUCAAGGGAUAGUUCACCAAAAAUCCAAAAUCUGUAUAUGACUGUAGAACACAAAAGAAGAUAUUUUGAGAAAUGUGUCAGAGGUUUUGUGUCCAUACGGUAGAAGUCAAUGUUGUUUGGUUACCAGCGUUGUUUAAAAUAUUAUCUUUUGUGUUCUGCAGAAGAAAUAACAUCAUACUGGUUUGUAACAUAAGAGUGAAUUAUGAAAAAGAUUCCUUUAAUUUGACCCGUUACAUAUUAGAUGAGGAACCUCCGUUUUUUUAUCACUAAACAGAAUUGUUUAAAAAAAUCUUCUUUUUUGUGACACACAGACUGUCUGUAUUGAAAAGACAUAAUUCAUUACGAAGUAGUGUCCGUUAAAGAUAUUAAACAUUUACCAUGACUUUUAACUACAGAAACGGCUUUUGUUAUACUGUAACAUUUGUUGAAAAUUUGUGAACUUGCAACACCAUUUCUUAUCUGCUCAUUUAGUUAGUAAAACAAAAUCAACCAAAAUUGUAACAUGUGACUAAACAAUCAUAUUAGCAUAUGAUAUUUGACCAUCAUAAGAAAUAUUUUGGCUAUGAAUGGAAAAAAAUCUCUUUUGUAUUUAUGAUUUACUGACAAUGGUUUGCUCCCUGUCGAACAGACUGUUUUGUGGGUUAGGAAAAGCUAUUCAGGAGUUAAGUCCUGAAGAUCUUAUAUUUAAAAUAUUAGCCUAAUUAUUUUUAGAGAUCACUUAACAAGUAGGUGUUUUAAAAAGAAGGUUGAGUUUGUAUUUUGUUAUAGUAUGUGUUUGAGUGGUCUGUUGCGUAUACAGCGAACCCAGAAGUGUGAUUGUAAAUCUAAAUGUGUGUGUGUAAUUAGUUCUGCAUAAAUGAAAACAAGUUGUAUUAAAGAUAUGCCAAAUGCAGACGUCAAGCAUUUAAACAUUUGUGGAAUUGUAAAACAA